CGGCGCUCCGCCUGAUAGAUCUCCAGUCAGCAGGGGAACCGCGGCGCGUCCGGUCAGACCCCCUCGUGUUCCAGGACCUUCUGCUCUGCGUGUGUCCUCUGGUUCGGGUUCUGCGUGCCGCUCGAGAGCCAGCAGGUCCGUCUCGAGGAGGCUGCAUCCCGCGUGGGAUUAGACCGCGGUUGGAAUAGUCAUGGAGCCCGUUAGCAAGUGGACGGCGCAACAAGUGGUGGACUGGAUGAGAGUGGUUCGAAAAUUACCAUCCCGUCGCUGAUUGGCUGUUACCUGAGCGAGGUCCCGACUACUGUAACUUUCCGGCUCAGUGAUUGGCCGGUGGCCCAUCGAGGUCUGGACGACAGCCUCCAGCCCUACAUCCCGUCCUUCCAGCUGCAGGCCGUCCCGGGGGAGCGUCUGCUGCGGCUGACCCACCAGGAGCUGCUGUCGCUGGGCGUGGGGCGCGUGGGCCACCAGGAGCUGCUGCUGGAGGCCGUGGACCUGCUCUGCGCUCUGAACCACGGCGUGGAGGCGGACCGCCUGGGGGUCCUGGUGGGCCGGAUGAGGGGCUCCGUGGUGCAGCUGCAGGUGUCGGCCUCGGAGCGCCGGAAGAACCCGUCGUACCGCGGCGUCCACGCCCAGAAGCCCUCCAACCACUUCCUGACCGCCGUGGUGGAGCUCAUCGCCACCGCCAAGACCCUGCUGGGCUGGCUGGACCGGGCGCCAGGGACGGGGGGGAAGGACCUGGGAGCCACGAAGAACACCAUCAUCCAGCUGUGUCUGCAGCUGACCUCCGCCGUGCAGAAGCAGGACUGCACCGUGUACGAGAUGGAAGACAAGAUUCUGGAAGUGUCGCGGGCGCUGAACGCUGUGUGUGAGGAGACGGCGGGCUCCGCCUCUGACCCGGUCCAGACCACCAAGUCCUGCCUGGAGGAGGUCUGCAUCUCCACCAUCAGACCGGGAGAAGGACUGGGGAUGUACAUCAAGUCUACGUACGACGGGCUCCACGUCAUCACCGGGACCACGGAGAACUCCGCAGCAGACCAAACUGGGAGGAUCCACGCUGGAGACGAGGUGGUCCAGGUCAACGGGCAGACCGUGGUGGGCUGGCAGCUGAAGCACCUGGUGACCAGUCUGAAGGCGAAGCCGGGGGGCGUGGUCCUGGUCCUGAAGAAGAGGCCGUCGGGGGUCUCCUGUUCCAUCAGCCCCGCCCCCCUGAAGAACCUGCGCUGGAGACCCCCCCUGGUGAAGGUGUCGGCUCUGAUCCAGCCCUCUGAUCAGGGUCUAUCAGACCUGGUCCGGACGGUGAAGCCGGAGGCCCUGGAGCUCUACAUCCCCCCUCCCCCCUCGGUGCCCUACACCCCCAGGGGCGGGGCCACCGAGGUGGUCAUGAGGCCCAAGUCUCCUAACUCCUCCCUGGACGUGGGCGGGAGGCGGAGCUUAUUGCAGAAGGACCACAGGACCUCGCUAGGCCCCUCCCCCGACGGCCCCCACCUGCCCACCCCCGUACGCAUGAGGCAGAGGUCGUCCACGAAGGGUAAGCCCCGCCCCAUCUCCAUGCCGGCCGUCACCAGCUCAGGUGUGUGCGACCCCUUCGCCCGGCCAGGGCUGCACGGACGAACAGCCCAGGACGUCCUGCAGCGUUGCCUCAGCAACGAGCGCAUCGGCACCAUCUCCGAGGAGGCCCCGCCCUGCUUCCCCCUGGCGCUGCCCUACCAGCGGGGGCGCCGCGGCGUGCCGGGGGGCCGCGGCGUGGACCACAUCCGGGGCAGCCGCUGCUUCGUCAACGCCGAGCUGCACAGCAGCGCCACCAUGCCCUACCAGGAGACCGCCGGCCGCAAGCCCCCCGUCGCCACGGCGACCGCCCCGCCCGCCGCCGCCGCCGCCGCCUCGGGGACCAAACACGGCCCCUCCUCCUCCUCCUCUUCCUCUGGACACUCGCUGCUGGGGGGGUGGCUGGCACGGCUCCGGCUGCUGAGCCACUGACGGCCGUCCCACCGGACUCGCCCAAGGGCACGCGGGCGGUGCAGGGGAGCGCGUGGAGCCCAGGGAGGAGGGCGGUCCAGGGGAGCGCGUGGAGCCCAGGGAGGAGGGCGGUCCAGGGGAGCGCGUGGAGCCCAGGGAGGAGGGCGGUCGAGGGUUUGAUCCCAGAGAGGGGGGAACUGGGCGACCUCCUCUUCUCGACGGUCGUCUCUUUCUGACUUUUAUUGUGAUAAACGCUGAGGAAGUGGAGCGGAGAGGCCGAGGACAGGCCUGUUCAGGGCAUUAGGGUGGAGGAGGAGGAGGAGGAGGUGGAGACACUGAACCCCCCCUCGGAGUGAGCCACAGGGGGGCUCAGACCCCGCCUUCCACCACCGAUUCACGGUGGGGGAUCCACGAAGUUCACUGCUCACAUUUGCCAGUAAAGUUUGUUUUCGUAGCUUUAAAUGCAUUUCAGGUUUGUCCUUUGAUGUCGAGGUGAUCAUCUUAACUUGUGUAUAAGAUGGAGUUUGUCGCCUUAAAGACAUUACAUUAAGUGUAUGUUGUGUCAGCCUUGUUGGAACCAGUGUCAGCCUUGAUGAAACCAGUGUCAGCCUUAAUGGAACCAGAGUCUGCCUUAAUGGAACCAGUGUCUGCCUUAAUGGAACCAGUGUCGGCCUUAAUGGAACCAGUGUCGGCCUUAAUGGAACCAGUGUCAGCCUUGUUGAAACCAGUGCCCCUAGUGGUGAGUCCUGCUGCUGCGCCUCUCGGACGCUGACCCCUCAGGACGACCUUUGACCCUUCAGAGGUCGCUUCAAGAGAGACCCUCUCAGCCCCCGACGAGGCCGGGCCCCGGGGAUCGAACCUGCGGCCUUCUGGAGGUGCUGAGGGCCCUGGAGAACCACAUGACCUACUGUAUGAGGAUGACCUCUGACCCCAACACUGUCUUUACCAGCUGGGAGGGAGGGGGGGAGAGACGUUACAGAAGGGAGGGAGGGCCGAGCCAAACCGCGGGACGGAACAUCCUGGGAUCAGGAUCCCGCGCUCCGAACCGAUAACCUGCUGAAGCAGAACGGAGGAGGUCGGGUCGAGGCCGCAGACCGCUGCUCUGUGGAGGUGUUACGUCAUUGAGAUAAGGUUCCACGAGUGAAUGAGUGAAUGUUGAGAUGGUUCUGUUGACUGACCACAUUGUGUUUUGUACCGGAAACCGGAGGAGAAUGUUUUUUAACGUAGUGAUUGUUGCUCUGGCGGUUAGCCGGGACAUGUUGUCAAGCCAUAUAUGCAAGAGAGAAAUAACCAAACUAAAUCAAUAAACUUCUCUAUUCAAAA